GCGUGGCCAGCUUGGAGGGGGUCGUGUCAGAGGACGAAGACGACGGCGGCGAGGUUGGAGCAGGCGGGUAGACGGAACGGAGGUGGCUAUUCCCGUGUCAGGGGGAAGGUUCGAGGGACCAACGGCCCAAAGCCGGCAGAGGAGCGAGAAAGCGCGGACACCCAGGAAGCGGAGAGUGUAGGCCUGAGGCUCUCUGACGGAAGCCGGAGGGAGAGGAGCCGCCGUUGCCGAGUGUGGGGCCGUUCAAUGCCAUGUGAUGUGGAGCUUCAUUCGGGCAAUCCUUCGAUCGAGCCCUCAAGACAGGGUCUGGGACGUGCAGUGGCAGCAUUUCAGCUGACAUAGAGUACGGAACCGAGGGGGGCUGCAGCGGUGGGGCCGUAGAUUGGUGCGACACAGGGACAAAUGGAAAGAACGGAGAAGAAAUACCUCAAUGCGGAGCGCGAGGAUGAGAUGGAAGUGGUGGGUUACCAGCCAUGCUGGUGGAAGCUGGGCCUGGUUGGUGUAGGGACAGUAUGCAGUGGCGGGCUGCUGCUCCUCGUUCUCUACUGGAUGCCUGAGUGGAGCGUCAGGUGGAUGUGCAGGGAAGUCUCGCUCCGAGAGGCCACAGUUCUGCUGCUUUGGACCACAGAUGAGUUCCGCACAUGCUUCAGGGUCUGGGUGCUAUUCAUGGAUGCUCCAGGCUACGAUCCCUUGGGUGUGCUGUUUCCCAGCCGCGACAAGGAACCUGUGUGCAGUGCAACUUCCAUCGUGAUUGAGCACCCAGAGUGUGAAAAGGAUCUGUUACCCAAGACUCCAGACGUGGAAAGAGUUCAGAUCCGCUAUUUCGUCCAUCAAAACGUCAAGUACUUGUGGAGCCCACGUGGGCAGAUGUUCUAUAGACUGGCCGCGCUGGAGGAGGGGAUCCCAUGCUCAGCAGUGCAUGCAUGCCAUGGUGCCACUCUGCCUGCAGUCAGCAAAGACUAUCGGAAACUCUUCUAUGGCAAGAAUCAGAUUGACGUGAAAGUGCCUUCAAUUCCUCGACUCCUGAUAAAGGAGGUAUUGAAUCCAUUCUACAUUUUCCAAGUCUUCAGUGUGGUUCUGUGGUCCUUUGAUGAUUAUUACCUGUACGCAUCUGCCAUUGUCUUCAUGUCUGUCAUCUCCAUCUGUACCUCCCUAUACACUGUGAGAAAGCAAUAUGUUCUCCUCCACGACAUGGUGGCUGCCCACAACGUGGUCCGUGUGAGGGUUUACCGCAACAACAACAUGACAGAGGAAAUCUUCUCAACUGACCUGGUACCUGGAGAUGUCAUCGUCAUCCCGACCAAUGGCAUGAUAAUGCCCUGUGACGCCGUGCUGAUCAGCGGAACGUGUGUGGUCAACGAGAGCUUGUUAACGGGGGAAAGUGUGCCCGUCUUGAAAACCAACCUUCCGGUCCCUGCCCACUGCACCAAUGGGACGGUACAGGAGGAGGAGGAAGAGGUAUACUGCCCAGAGAACCACAAGCGCCACACUCUCUUCUGCGGCACAGCCGUCAUCCAGACGCGGUUUUACAGCGGCGAGCUGGUGAAAGCUGUCGUCGUCCGUACAGGCUUCUACACCUCAAAAGGGCAGCUGGUUUGCUCAAUCCUUUACCCAAAGCCCACCGACUUCAAGCUGUACCGCGAUGCGUAUCGCUUCCUGCUCUGCCUGGUGUGUGUUGCUGGCAUCGGCAUGGUCUACAGUAUCAUCAGCAGUUCCCUGAAGGGGGAAGAGGCUCAGCGCAUCAUCAUCGAGGCGCUAGACAUCAUCACGAUCACCGUGCCACCCGCCCUCCCUGCUGCCAUGACGGCUGGCAUCGUCUACGCACAGCACCGCCUCAAGAGGAAGGGCAUCUACUCUAUCAGCCCGCAGCGCAUCAACGUGUGUGGGCAGCUCAACCUGGUCUGCUUUGACAAGACAGGGACGCUGACCGAGGAUGGUCUGGACACGUGGGGCUUUCUCCGAGCUCGGGAUGGAAGGUUUCUCUCCCUGGAGCGUGAUGUCACCGGCCAGCAUCUCUCUCGGUCCCGCUUUAUUGCUGCCAUGGCAACCUGCCACACUCUGACGAACAUAGAGGGGAAGAUUUCUGGGGACCCCCUGGACUGCAAGAUGUUCGAGGCGACUGGCUGGGUCCUGGAGGAGCCCACCGCUGAGGAGACGGCCCUGCAUGACCAGAUCAUGCCCACUGUUGUGCAUCCGCCACGGCAGACUACCUCUGCGACACCCAGCUGUGGGGAUGCCGACAUGGAGCUACAGGAGCUGAUGAAUUGCUACGAGAUCGGCAUCAUCAGCCAGUUUCCCUUCUCCUCCGCGUUACAGCGUAUGAGUGUGGUAACCCGGACUCUCGGUGAGAGGCGGCUCGCUGCCUACAUGAAGGGGGCGCCAGAGACCGUGGCCAGCCUGUGCAAGAAAGAAACCGUUCCAGAGAAUUUUGCGGAAGUCUUAGAAAAGUACACGCGACUGGGACUGAGGGUGAUCGCUCUGGCUCACCGCAAGCUGGAAGCAAAACUGACUUGGCACAAGGUGCAGAAUGUCAACAGGGCUGUGAUUGAGGGCAACAUGGAAUUCCUGGGACUGAUCAUGAUGCAGAACAAGCUGAAGCCGCGCUCUAUUCCCAUCCUCAGUGAGCUCAGGAGAGCCUGUAUCCGUACAGUGAUGGUGACAGGGGACAAUAUGCUGACAGCGGUCUCUGUGGCCCGUGAAUGUGGGAUGAUCCCGCCGAACGGGAAGGUGAUAGUGACGGAGGCGUUGCCACCGAAGGAUGGUCAGUCUGCCACCAUCAACUGGCAGUACGCCGAGGAUCCAAGUGUGUGGAAGAAGCCGGUGGCAAAUGAAACCAAGGAUCUCCAUAUAAACAUGGAGAACGACAGCCUGAAAGACAGACCCCAGCCACCUGAAAUCUCCUACCAUUUCGCCAUGAGCGGAAAAUCCUUCUCUGUGAUCACGGAACAUUUCCCGGACUUGCUUCCCAAGUUGCUCCUGUGUGGGACGGUUUAUGCACGUAUGGCUCCAGAUCAGAAAACCCAGCUCGUGGAAGCUCUUCAGAAAGUGGACUAUUAUGUCGGAAUGUGUGGUGACGGUGCUAAUGAUUGUGGGGCGCUGAAGCGAGCUCAUGCUGGAAUCUCCCUCUCGGAGCUGGAGGCUUCCGUGGCAUCACCUUUCACCUCGAAGACACCGGACAUUUCCUGUGUGCCGGAUCUCAUCAGGGAGGGUCGGGCUGCCCUGGUCACCUCGUUCUGCGUGUUUAAAUUCAUGGCUUUGUACAGCAUCAUCCAGUACCUCUCCGUCUUGCUGCUUUAUUCUGCCCUGAGUAACCUGGGAGAUGUGCAGUAUCUGUUCAUCGACUUGGCCAUCAUCAUGUCUAUCGCCUUCACAAUGAGCCUGAAUUCAUCCUGGAAGGAGCUGGUCCCACGCAGACCACCAUCCAGCCUGAUCUCUGUGCCAGUGCUGCUGUCCAUGUCGAUGCAGAUCCUCCUCUCGCUGGCCUUUCAGGUCAUGGCCUUCCUGCUGGUUAAGGAACAGCCCUGGUACGAAACAUGGACCCCCUCCUCAAAUGCUUGUAACAGGAUCCAGGGGGACCAGCUGUCAAACACCAGUGUUUCACUUCACAAUGAGUCUGAAGUGGAUGAGCACAAUAUCUCGAAUUAUCAAAAUACGACACUUUUUUUUGUCUCCUGUUGCCAGUAUCUGGCAGUUGCUUUUGUGUUCUCGAAGGGACGACCCUUCAGACAGCCUGUCUACAGAAACUAUUUAUUUAUGGGUUGUAUUCUGGUCCUUUAUGGUUUCAUCAUUCUGAUUAUGAUGUACCCGAUUGACAUGGUUGAUGACUUCUUUGAGCUGGUCUGUGUACCUUCGGAUUGGCGAAACAAGAUGUUGUUUUUAAUUCUGGCCAACAUAGCCCUUUGUGUUCUGGUGGAGAAUUUCUUGUGUGACUACAGCUUCCAAUGGCUAAGGAAUCUCUGCGGUGGAAGCUAUGAUGGGCAUCCUGCCCCUAACAACUACCCACAGCUGGACAUGGACCCUGCGAUGCUGAGCUGUGGGAGGAGGUUCUGGGGUCACGGAGGCCAUCCCCCCAAGGCGAAGUACAAGCGGCUAGCCCAGGAGCUGCUGGUGGAUCCCGACUGGCCGCCCAAACCCAAGACGAGCACCAAGGCGAGGGGCAUUGCCGCAGAGGGCAGCGGGCAGGGCUGGAGCCCGGGUAACACCGCCACCCAGUUGUGACUAGCCGUCGGGAAAGACUGGGGGGGCGGGGGAUCGAACCGGCUGUGGGAGUGGGGGCAGGGGCCGCUGUGGUGUCAGGAGAGGGGUGCGGGCAGUCUGCCAGCGAUUGUGAGCGUUCGCCCGUUCCCAACGUUCCGCACGGGGUGACAUCUCAGAGGGCACCGUACACCUGGCCCCGUUGGGGCGUGUGGGUAGGGUUGGGGGGGGGUGGUUUCUCUGGCGAAUGUGCAGGGUGGGGGAGCGAUUUGAGCCCCACACCUUCCCGACCGCCACCAACAUCGCCAGCAACAGGGAUGCCCCUGAUGACAAGAUGGUCUAUCUGCUUACCUCAGACGACAAACUGAGCAAUCUGGGGGAAGGUGCCGUUAGCACAGGGUGGCUGGCACACACUGCCCCUCCUAACCUGCCCUGCACAUGCGAAACCAUGCACUCAGCGUGUUCAGCAGGCUCGGUGUUCUGCAGCGGUUACCGGAGGUAAGCUGUGUUGUGUCGAGUGUCUGCCCAUCCCGACACAUUCGAAACUGCCUCCUGCCCCACGGUGCCCCCCAGCCGUGACUCUUAAGAAACAAAUGGAGAUCGCAAAAGUACUUGGUCAUUUGUUCAGAUAUUUGUUUUAAAUUUUGAAAGCAGUCCAGUUUCAUUGCACCUUUUCUGCUUGUGAGGGAAGAAAGAUCAAAGCACAUGGAGAAAUGUAACAAUAAUUCCAGGAGGGAGGAUGGUGGUUGUCUUCCUGAAGUUCAAACGGUACUGUCAUAGCUUCAGACACCGUUCCCACCUCACUCAGGGAUCCCCUCCCAGCCCCCAACUUUAACCGGGCUGCUAUGUUCACCUACCAAGUUCUUAGAAGGCCAGAGGUGUUUUUUAUUUUUUUUUUUUUUGGAAGGAUACAAGACAUGCCCUGUGCACACUCCACUCUCCCCUCCCUGCUCUCCCCUCCCUGUGCCCUGCUCGCCUUCAUCCCCCAUCCCCACACAUGCCCCUGGCAACCCCACUCCCCCUCCCCUCCAUGCCCCUGGCGUGCCCUGCUUCCCCCCCGCCCCACUCCAUGCCCUGAAUUGCAACCUGGUUUAAAUGUUUUACUUGUUUCAGCUCUUCUCUCCCCAACCCCCUUGUUCAGCUGUUGUCCAAGUGGGUACCUGAGGAGGGGUGAGUCUGAAGUGACAAUGAAAACAAAUGGUCCUGAGCUUGGUGGUGGGGGUGGGGGACAGGGGCUGGUGUCCAUGUAACUGUAGUUACUGGGUGAGACUUUCUGGGAAUGAGUGUUGGAGUUGGAAUGAGACUUGGGGCCAUACAAUCAUUUCUCAUGAGAGAACUCUUCAGCCACACAGCAAAUAAAAUAUACAAUCUAUAAAUUAUUUAUUGCCAUGAGUACGGAGUUUUGGGGUGGGAUUCUUUUUAAGUUAUAAACCACACAGAUCCUGCACUGAGAGAUGUGCCCCUGGUCUCCCAGUUCAGACCUUUGAAAAGCCAGCACCUUCUAUUUGGGGAUAAAAAUAUAUUGAAGAGGCUUUGCUAUUGAAUAUUUUAAUUAAUAUAAAUUCACAAUAAAAGUAAUGACCUUCAA